UGUAGUUGUUAGGGUUGUGUGUGGAUCAUCUCAACGAUUCAUCACCACCAGCGGCCAUGGAAGAUUCAGAAUCGUCUCCCUCACGUAAGCGCCUCAACGGAAGCUCCACAAAAUUCAUCCCUCUUGAUCUCACCGUAGAGAUACUCUGUAGACUUCCAGGGGAAGCCCUCAUCCGAUUCCAAGCCGUGUCGAAGCUGUGGUUCUCAACCAUCCGCAGUAAAGAUUUCGCCGACUCGUUUCUGAUUAGGUCAAAGACUCGACCUCGUUUCCUUUUCACCUUCAAGCACUUCGAUUCGCGGAAACGUUUUAUCUUCUCAGCUCCAGAACACGGAAGAAACGACAGAACCUCCACGGCUGUCGCCAGGCACGACAUGACGAUCUCGGAUCUGGUCUACUACAUCAGAUCUCGUCCCGUGAACGGUUUCGUCUGCUGCACGCGUGGCUCUUCGAUCGCGGUUUGUAAUCCGACCACUAGACAAAUAGUGAAACUGCCGGAUCUGGAGCAUUACGUUUUCACACUACAGUCUCAACAAAAAGAGUGGAGAAAGAUUGAAAUCACCCAAAGUGUUAGAUAUUAUUACGAUGUCCGUGAAGGAAUAUGCAUCAAUGGUGUUAUAUACUAUAUAGCUGAAGGCAGCUCAAGAAUAAUAAUUAGAUUUGAUGUUAGAUCUGAGAAGCUGGACCUGAUUCAACCACCCGAAAAACCACGUAUUAGGUUAUUUUACGAUUCUUCUCUUUUAAACUACAACGGGAAAUUGGGCGGUAUAGAAUAUGAUGGAUUCAAUGAGGUGGUGUUGUGGAUUUUAGAAGAUGCUGAGAAACAAGAGUGGUCUGAAACAAGGUGUGCCCGACCUUCUGACUUGUAUAAUGUACUUAAGGGUUACGUUAACCUUAAGGGAGAGAUUCGUACGGGUGAGCUUAUUAUAAUUGGUUCACGGUUAAAGUCAUCUAUACCGUUUAGUGUUUGGUAUUACGAUUUUCAAAGAGAGAGCAUACGAAGAGUGGAUAUCGAAGGAAUUGCUGAUGAUGAAUUUAGACGUGUUUAUGGGAUUGGUAAGCGAACUCGUGAGAUUUUGAGUUUUCCUGGUUUCGUUGAGAAUAUUAUGUACUUGUGAGAUGAGAUUUCAUUAGCUUUGUU